GGAAACGUUGGCUGGCAUGAAUAGCGUGCUAAAACAUUGAAGAACUAAUUAUGGACCGCAUUGACGCAGGAAUAUGUUAGAAUUAAUUUUUAACUAAGAUUUUUUUGUAUAUUUACCCCUGCAUUAUUAACACAGAACAUCUACAGGUCUCCACAGGGGCUGAAUGCAAAAAUGGGCUUUUUAUCUUCAGUGAAACCAGUUUGUAUUGUUUUAAUUUCUUUUGCAGUGCUGGCAUUGCUUAGUUUUGGAGCUAAUGCAGAAGAUUCACCAAAACCAACAACAACUAAACCUCCAGCUAAACCCACAGAACAUGGACCAAUAUACACUGCUCCUCCUCAGCCGUUACCAGAACCAGAGAAAUCCUAUCUCCCCUUGUUCACCCUCAACUACCCUCGUGUUCAGAUUCCCUUUGAGAUUACUUUAUGGGUGUUACUCGCUUCGUUUGCAAAAAUAGGUUUCCAUGUGUACCACAAGAUCACAAUAUGGGUGCCAGAGACCUGCCUGCUCAUCUCUAUUGGCCUUAUUGUGGGAGCCAUUAUGCACUCUGUGCAUGAACAGCCUCCAGCCGUCCUCACCUCCAGUGUCUUCUUCCUCUACAUGCUGCCUCCCAUUGUCCUGGACUCGGCCUACUUCAUGCCCACUCAGCCCUUCUUUGAGAACGUGGGCACAGUGCUGUGGUUCUCCAUUGUGGGCACAUUGUGGAAUUCCAUUGGUGUUGGUAUUUGUCUUUAUGGAGUGUGCCAGAUCCCAGCCCUUGGUGUUCAGGACAUCAACCUGCAAGAGAACCUGCUCUUUGCCUCCAUCAUCUCUGCAGUGGAUCCAGUGGCAGUGCUCGCUGUGUUUGAGGAUGUGAACAUCAAUGAGCAGCUUUAUAUCGUGGCCUUCGGCGAGUCUUUGUUUAAUGAUGCUGUCACUGUGGUGCUGUACAAUCUCUUUAACCACGUGGCGGAGUUGCCAGUAGUGGAUGCUGCAGACGUGUUUCUGGGUGUGUUGCGUUUUUUCCUGGUGGGACUGGGUGGUAUGCUCUUCGGCUUAGUGUUUGGAUUUGUGGCAGCUUUCACCACACGUUUCACAAGGAAGGUGAGAGAGAUCGAGCCUCUCUUCAUCUUCAUGUACAGCUACCUGGCUUACCUGCUGGCAGAGCUUCUGUCCAUCUCCAGCAUCAUGGCCAUCGUGACAUGUGCCUUGACUAUGAAGUACUAUGUGGAGGAGAACGUGUCCCAGCGCUCAUGCACCACUAUUCGCCAUGUCAUCAAAAUGCUUGGCACUGUGUCCGAGACGCUCAUCUUCUUCUUCCUGGGCGUUGUUACCAUAACGACUGAUCAUGAGUGGAACUGGGGUUACAUCCUCUUCACCAUACUGUUCGCCCAGAUCUGGAGAGGCCUAGGCAUUGUGGUUCUAACGCAGAUCAUUAACCCCUUCCGCACCAUUCCAUUCAACUUCAAAGACCAGUUUGGUCUGUCCUAUGGUGGUCUUAGAGGAGCCAUAACAUUUGCCUUAGCCUACACUCUACCAAACACUAUUAUCCGUAAAAAACUUUUCAUCACAGCCACAAUUGCCAUCAUCAUCUUCACAGUCUUCAUUCAGGGUAUCAGUAUAAGGCCAAUUAUUGAACUGAUGAAUGUCCGAAAGACCAACUGGAAACUUGGCACCAUCAAUGUUGAGAUUCACACCAGGCUGAUGGAACAUAUCACUGCGGGUGUAGAGGAUCUGUGUGGACAAUGGAGCCACCAUUCCUUAAAAGAUAAGUUUAUGAGGUUUAAUAAUCGUUUCAUCCGUAAGAUUUUGAUCCGGGAUAAUCGGCCUGAAUCAAGUAUUGUGGCUCUUUAUAAGAAACUGGAGCUUCAAAAUGCCAUGGAGGUCUUGGACACAAUAUCGGGUGACAUCAGUGCAGCACCUUCACUCAUUUCACUGCAUGAGGAGAAGGCUUCCAAUAAGAGUUCUUUUAAACCUAAGAGAACAUUUUUGGCAUCUGAUUUAACAGCCAUGCAUGAAAUCCUGUCAAAGAACAUGUACAAGAUCAGAGAGAGGACGAUGUCCUACACUAAUAAGCAUACCCUGCCCAACGACAGCAGAGCCAGAGAGAUUCUGGUCAGGCGUCACACCAGCAUCCGACGCAGCCUCAGAGCUAGAAGUUUCCAGGGCUCAGAAUCCGCCAGGUCCCAAAAGUACUUUUCUCUGCCUCUGGGUCAGAGUCUGGACACCGGAUAUGCUACAGAAAGUAUUCGUCUCAAUGCUGAUGGUGACCCUGCUUUAGAACUUCACAACCGCUCAGUCAGGCCUAAGCCUAGGCCUAGAUCUAAGCAGCCACGGUUUUCCACAACCAGGGCUAGACUGGACCCUCUUCAGGAGCUGCACUCCACUGUAAAUAUGGAGGAUGAGGUGAGGGCGGAGGAAAGUUCACAUAGGCCAUCUCGCCAAAGCUCCAGCUCCUCUAACUCCAGAUCACGAGCUCCACUCCAGCGCCACAGCUCAUUAGGCACACCCAGUGUAGGUGAGGAUGAUCCUGAGGGUGAUGAACAGCAGCUUGAGUCUCCCCCACCUGCAUGGACUCCAGAGCCCCCUGACAGAGGAAGCGGUGGGCCACGGAACCCUCUACUACGAAGGGCUCAGUGGAAACCACAGGACAAAUGAGGCACACAGAGCUGGGCAGCAUUAACUUAUCAUUUCAAACAGGCUCACAUACAGUAGAUACCAUUAUAAAAAAGUACUGGGCAGGGCAAGGUUAAUCCUCUCUCUCAGUCUGACAAGAGAAUAGUUUUUUUUAUUAAUCCAUAAAAGCCCAAACCCGUUUCUGAAUACUGAUGCCAAAUUCAAAUUGAUUUAGAUAAAGCUCAUUCAUGUUUUUUCUUAUUGUUGCAGGGUUAAAAUAUUGAUUUUGAUUUUAGCAUAAAUGACACAACACAAAUUAUAUAACUAUACGAUUGUAUUUCUAGCAAUCGUACAGAAACUAAUUAUAUGGAACAUGAAAAAAAUAUAUAUAUUUUGAAUUGUUAAAGACUAGAUCAUUACACCUACAUUUUGUAAAUAAGGUCAAAUAAAUGAACACACAUUCACACACUGUCCUCUGAUGCUCUCAGAAUGUUCAGUAUAUGUCAUUUAGGGACAUUUACAUCAUGAGUUAAAGUGAAGGACAAAGUUCUCUAACGAACUUUCCACAUUUUUACGUCACAAUGGGCUCUUUUGGGUUAAAGCAACUUAUUUGUCACACAGUUUUGUCUGUACAGAAAAAAAUGUAUAUAAAUUUCAUAUUCUCUUAAUAUUUCUGCCAUUCAUACUGAAGUCAUUAGAAAGAUUAAAUCAAUGAUUUUUGAAACAAAGAGUUGUAUAUAUGUGGGUUAGCCCAAACAUAGUUGGAGAAACUGUUGUGAUUGGCUGUCCUUUUCAUCAU